AUGGAGAAGAAUUUUGAAGCUAUGGAGUGCCUAGAAGAGUACAAGAAGAAGAUCGAUGUGUACUAUCUACAAGGAGAUGCAACAGGCUGGGAAUCAUUCAAGGGAGAGUUUGAGAGGAAGUACUUUCCUCCAGAACCGAAGCAUCGGUUGGAGCGUCAGUUUAUGAACUUUGUUCAAGGAGAUAUGCCGGUAAGGAGUUAUGAGUCAGAGUUCACAAGGUUGAGACGACAUGUCUUUGAUGGGCACGAAGAUGAAGCAACUAUGAUCCGUAACUUUAUGUACGGAUUGAAGCCGGAGCUUGGAAGUCAUUUAGCUGGAAGCAACUUUAGCAGCUUAUCUGAGAUAGUGGAAAAAGCUGUUAAUGUUGAGACUGUAUUGGAGGCUGAAAGGAAGACAAUACCACAUUCUGGUGGACACACCAAUUUUAGCCAAGGAGAAAGGCUGAAUUUCAACAAGGGUCAAAAAUCUAACAAAGGCAAAGGGCGAGGAUUUGGAGGCCAAGCUAACAAUCGUGGUAACACUGGAGGCCAUUAUGCAUCGUCAUGUCAAAACAAGCCAAUCCCUUCGACCCCUCUCGCGAUCCAAGCUCCUCCUAGCCGUCCAGCUAUUGAGCCAGCACCAAAGAGUCAAAACCUAAGAGUCGUGUCUUUGAAAGGGUACGAAGUAAUCCUUGGAAUGGAUUGGUUAUCGAGCUACGGAGUUCAGAUCGACUGUGGAAAGGGAAGGUUCUUGUUUGGCAGAGCAAUGAGAGUACAAGAUUUGUUUCAAGAUGGGGAAGUAUAUUUGGUGACCUUAUCGGUUAGUGGAGGAGCCAUUAAUGAUGAAGUUAAGGUCGAAGACAUAGAAGUGGUCCAAGAGUUUGAGGAUAUCUUUGCACCACUAAAAGAAUUACCACCACCUCGGAGUAAUCCCUUUACCAUUACUUUGGAGCCUGAAGCAAAACCUAUAGCUAAGGCACCAUAUCGGAUGACACCUGUGGAGUUGGCUGAGCUAAAGAAGCAAUUGGAAGAUCUAUUGGAAAAUGGAUUCAUUCGGUCGAGCUCUUCACCUUGGGGAGCUCCUGUGCUAUUUGUGAAGAAGAAGGACGGAAACACAAGGUUCCGAGGAUAG